UACUUCACUACUUACACUAUAAGUCCUUUGUCUACUCACUGCAGUCUGCUGCUUCAGACCGUUAAAUUCCUUCUCCUUUUUGGGUUGGUAAAUUAUCUUGAAAUUAUUUCAUAGAUUCUCUGCAUCCAUUGCCGUGUGAAUCAGCUCAAUUUUAUUUGAUUUCAUGCUAUUUUGGCAUCAAAUUUACACAUAAUCCAGCAAUUCAAGAGUACAACAACAACAACACGCGUCUAUAUAUAUGAGGCAUUUAUACAGAUGAGUACAUACCUGUAACGCAUAUACGCACAGCUUCUUCUGCUUCUGCCUCACCGGAGGGUGAUUUUCGGAAUCAAUCAUGGGUUACGAAAACGAUCCUUACCGAGAUGAAGAUGGCGAGCCAUUGAUGGAUUUCGAUGAGGAUGUCCAGUCUGACCGUGAUGAGCCUCAACAACAUCUCCUCCAUGAAGUAGAUGAUUCUCUUUAUGAAAGCCAUGAGCGAUCCCCAACUCCAGUGUAUAACGACUCAAAGGCGAAGCCCCGGAAACGACUGAUAAAAAAAUCAUCUGGUAGAGAUUCGGGUCCCGGCGAUUUUGGAUUAGAUGAUGAUGAUGGUGAUUUUGGCAGGGGUGAUGAUAUGGUGGGGUUGGUAAGAGAUGACUAUUCGGAUGGCGGAAAGAGGAAAAAAGAGAAAGGGGAGAAGAGAAAAAUUGUGGAGAAAACAAGGAAGGGGGAGAAAGGGGAGAAGAAGUUUAAGAUGAGGAAAAGUGGAGGAGGGAGAAUGAGAGAUCAUGAGGCGGAUCCUGAGAUGAAAGAGAUGUGGGACACAAUCGCGGGAGGCAAUUCUGAGGAUGACCAGGAGGGUGCUAGGACAGUGGAUGAUGAUAAUUUCAUCGAUGACAGUGGUGUGGAUCCGGCUGACAGAUAUGGAAGUGACAAUGAACAUUCUCCAAGUCGUGCUCCCCAGGCAGAAGAGGGAGAAGAGGAUGAGGAAAUUAAGGAGCUCUUCAAGGGGGGAAGGAAAAAGAAGAAAAACGAGAAAAGUGCUGCAGAAAUUGCAUUGCUGGUUGAGAAGGUCAUGGCUGAGCUAGAAGUCGUUGCAGAAGAAGAUGCUGAACUCAAUAGGCAGGGAAAACCUGCCAUUAAUAAGUUGAAGAAGCUGUCUCUCCUUACGGAUGUGCUAUCAAAGAAACAACUUCAGCAAGAGUUUCUUGAUCAUGGGGUUUUGACUCUUCUGAAGAAUUGGCUUGAACCUCUACCUGAUGGAAGCUUACCAAAUAUGAACAUCCGUGCUGCUGUUUUGAAGAUCCUGAAUGAUUUUCCAAUUGACUUGGAGCAAUAUGAUCGACGAGAACAACUAAAGAAGAGUGGCCUUGGAAAGGUCAUUAUGUUUUUUUCGAAGUCUGAUGAGGAGACUACAGCCAACCGUAAACUUGCUAAAGAGUUGGUUGAUAAAUGGAGCCGACCAAUAUUCAAUAAGAGCACAAGGUUUGAGGAUAUGAAGAACUUUGAGGAUGAAAGAGUUUUCAGGAGGCCUCCUUCUAAAAAAGUGGUGGGUAAAGGAACAACAAUGGCAUCACGAGAUGAUGACCUUGAUUUAGCUGGAUUUUCACAGGGGUCAAAAUCUGGACAGUCAUCUUCGAGGCAACAUGCAUCACGGCCGGAAGCAAUGUCGAUGGAUUUUGUGGUGCGUCCUCAAUCAAAGGUUGAUCCAGAUGAAGUUCGAGCACGGGCUAAACAGAUGGUCCAAGAUCAGCGUCGGGCGAAGAUGAACAAAAAGUUGCAGCAGCUGAAAGCACCAAAGCGAAAGCAACUACAGGCCACGAAACUGAGCGUGGAGGGUCGCGGCAUGGUGAAAUAUCUGUAAUUUGGUUGCUCCGUGAUAACUGGGAUAUAUGACAAUAUGACGCAUUCACUCUCUGAAUCAUAAUCGUUUUCAUGGGAUGAAAUGAUCACAGUAUACUAAGCCGUCAAUAUGAAUUGUGGAUUGACAGUAUCUGGUCAAUCUGGAAGCUGAUUAUAGAUUGUUGGGUUAGAACAUUAUGUAUAUUAUUUGUGUACCUUUGCUUUCUUGACUCGGAUUUUACCUAAAUUUUGGAUCUCACAA